AUGCAACAAUUCGAAUUACUCGAUCCACCUUCUGAUGCCAUAUCCUCCGUCGUAUUUAGCCCAACAACCUCGAAUCACUUACUGGUGUCGUCGUGGGAUAAGAAUGUGAAGCUAUAUGAUGUUGAGGAAAACCUGCUCCGGGGCUCUUAUAAUCACAACGCAGCAGUUCUUGAUUGUUGUUUUUCCGACGGUGCUCAUAUAUACAGUGCCGGCCUAGAUCAUUGCAUAAAAAGUUUUGACAUCAAUACACAUAACGAAUCCAUAGUGGGAACCCACGAGAAUGCCGUAAAGUGUAUCGAGUACAAUCUAGAAAACAGUUCCUGGGAUCAGACCAUUCGGUUAUGGGAUGUUCGUAAUAACGACGCACAGACCGGAAGAUAUCAUAUGGGUCCUGAUGCCAAGGUCUUUGCGAUUUCUUUGGUCUCAUUUAAGUUAGUGGUUGCGACUGCCGGAAGACAAUUUUUUAUUUACGACAUAAGGAAUAUGUCAGAAACACUGCAAAAACGGGAGAGUAGCUUAAAGUUUAUGACUCGGCACGGCACGUUCGCUUCGGGAGGAUCCGACGGUGUCGUUAACAUAUGGGAUGGAUUUAACAAAAAACGUCUCCGACAAUAUCCGCAAUAUCCGACCAGCAUCGCUAGCUUGGAUUUCAAUAAGGAUGGCACAUACUUGGCCAUCGCUAGCAGUUACACAUUUGAGGAAGGCGAAAAAGAUCAUCCGCCCGACUCCGUCUUCUUAAGACCCAUCAGUGAGAAUGAGUGCAGGCCCAGACAUUUGGCAUCCACUGCCUGA